CCUCACUCGUGGCUGUUGAGCGAUCAAGUGGACCUCCUGCCUUUCCUGCUGCUGCCGCUGGCAGGUCCUGAGGAAUUAAGCGAGGAUGAAAUGGAAGGGUUGCCUGUGGAUCUCCAGUAUCUGCCCGAGGACAAGCAGCGAGAGAAGGACCCAGAUAUCCGCAAAAUGCUCAUUGAGGCCAUUAACCUUUUGACGGCGACUAAAAGUGGGCGAGAGCAAGUGCGGGAGAGGAAUGCCUAUGUGGUGGUGCGGGAACUGCACAAGUGGGAGCCGGAGCCGGACGUUCAAGCAGCCUGUGAGAAGCUAGUGCAGGUGCUGAUAUCAGACGAGCCCGAGGAGGGGAUGGAGAAUCUCCUAGAGGUGGAAGUGCCAGAAGAGAUCGACGAGAAACUAAGGCAGCAGGAUGAGGAAGAGCAGCGGCUCAUCGAGAAGGAACGAGAGGAGCUUCUGAAGAAGGAAGAAGAGAAGGAGAAUGGGGAGAGAGCGCGAGAGAAAGGCCAGCAGGACUGGGGAGAUAAUGCUGUGCUGUGCUGGGCUGAAAGACUAUACCAAGCUAUGACACUGCUAAUCCCUUUAAUGUCAGGUCUCAGCUUGGCUCAGUUGGUCGUGCUCUUGUCACUGGGGUUAAAAAGUUGUGCGUUCAAGCCUCAUGCCAGCAGUUGAGCUCCAUCCAGCGCAGUAAAGGGGGAGCUCUGCAUCAGCACAGGUGCAAUCCUUCAGAUGAGCUGUUAAAACAGAUCUCAACUGUGCCUGUUCAGGUAGGACGGAAGUGAAAGAUCCCGCGGUGGUAUUCAAAAAAAAAAGAAGAGAGUUUGUCACAGUGUCCUGUCUGCUGUUCCUCCCGAUUAAUUUUGUCCACAAACUACACAAUUCACUUUACUAUAUAUCCUGUGAAGCGCUUUCAGACAUCUCGAAGGCAUGAUAAGCGCUAUAUCAAACACAAGGAUUAUUAUUAAUUAAUCAUUCACCUCAAAGCUGUGUGUGUGCGUAACCUUGCUAUGUACGAAAUGGUCUUUGCUUACAAACACACUCGCUGCCUUUGACCGCAUUGCUCUGAAUCGCUUUGUGGUGUUUGGAUGUGAUCUAGUGCGAUAGAAAUGACCUUGUAUGACUUAGCCUACAUCUUUAUGGAACCUUUCACAAUGUGGAAGGAGUAUGUGUGUGCCAGGCAGGUGCGGUGAGGUGGUGAGUGGGUGCUGCUAUCGAGCCAAGGCAGUCCCCUCUCUGACAUCUGCCAAAUAAGUCCCUUCAUAGAGUUCAAAAAUCUUGCCUUCGCCUUCAAAGCCCUCCACAGCCUUGCUCCUUCCUACCCGUGACCUACUAACACCAUUUCAACAUCUCCGCUCAGCAGACUCCGGCCUGCUCCACGUCACCCAGCCCGCCCCACCA